AAGGAAUUUAAUCUGGCCGGAGCUAGAUUGUAAGGUAAGAACGCUGUUGAUUCAUCAAAGAUAAGUUCAGUGGAUUUCGGGGUCGGUCGAGUGUUCUAUCGCUGAUUGGAUGGAAGACAGCGAGGUGAAGAACCCAGCCGAUCCGGGCCAGUCCGUACCGGGUCGCGAUACCAGAGACGGCGGCACCCAGACUGACAGCAGGAUACAAGGUCAUGAUCCCAGGCUAUCAAACGAAAACCUGUUCACCUUGUUGAGUUUGUGGAUGGAGCUGUUCCCCCAAGGGCAAUCCGAAGAAGAUGACCACGGCGAGAUCCGCGGGACGGGUCUGGUGGUGGUGCGGGACGGCAAGGUGGCGGGACUCCACUGUUCUGGACCCGAGCUCCAUGCGGGACAGGCCGCCAUCCUCCAACAUGGCGCCUGCUUGGCUGACUGUCAGUUGUACUUCUCCCGACGACCCUGCGCCUCCUGCCUCAAGAUGAUCAUCAACGCCGGAGUCAGCGAGAUCUCCUUUUGGCCCGGUGACCCCGAGGUCAGCAUGCUGAGGCCCGGCGCCGAGGACCGCUCGAGCUCCCGCGGCCGCAUCUCGGAGGAGGCCGCGCUGGACGCCGUGGCAACGGAGAAGCUCAAGUCCAACAGCCGCCCGCACAUAUGCGUGCUGCUGCAGCCGCUGGCGCCGGGCCUGGCGCAGUUUGUGGACGAGACUUCCCGGGGGAGCGACUUCUUGGAGAGAAUGUCCGACGACGAACCGGGCCUGAAUACAGACGAGCUAUUCAACGGAGAGCGGACGAGACACCUGAAGGCCUUCUCCAGAAGACUCCUGAUGCAGACGCCCGAGCAGCACCGGGAGAUUUUGACCCACAUGGGCCUGGAGAACUUCUGUGUGGAGCCGUCCUUCUCCAACCUGAGGCACAACAUGAGGCAGCUGGUGGAGGUCCUGGCGGCGGUGGCGGCCGGCGUGCCGCAGCAACACUACGGCUUCCACAGGGAGCAGCAUUCCACCCCGGAGCCGUCAGAGAGUCCCCUGCCCGCCCGUCAGGAGGAGCUGUCCCAAGAAGUGGCUCGCCAUUGCAUCAUCCAAGCCAAGCUGCUGUCUUACAGAACAGAGGACCCAAAAGUGGGCGUGGGUGCCGUCAUCUGGGCCAAAGCACCAUCGGCUGCCAGUAAUGGAACGGGGCAUCUGUGCCUGGUGGGUUGCGGGUACAACGCCUACCCAGCAGGCUCCCACUACGCAGAGUACCCCCGGAUGGACACCAAACAGGAGGACCGACAGAGACGCAAAUACAGAUACAUCGUCCACGCCGAGCAGAACGCCCUCACCUUCAGGACUCGCCCCAUCAAACCCGAGGAGCCCGCCGCGCUGUUCGUGACCAAGUGUCCGUGCGACGAGUGCGUCCCUCUGAUCAGAGGCGCCGGCAUCGCGCACAUCUACACCUGCGACCAGGACCGGGACAAGGACAAGGGGGACAUCUCCUACCUGCGCUUCGGCGGCCUGAGGAGCAUCGGCAAGUUCGUGUGGCGGAGGAGCCCUGCGGUUGUCCCGGCGUCUCCCCCUCGCCACGCCAAUGGCUGCACGGGGAAGCGCGGCGGGCCGGCCGAGCGGGAGAGCCGCGGCACCAGAAAGCGGCGCGCCGACAGAUCCAACGACUCGCAGGAGGUCGGCUGA